UGACCCGAGCCGGGGUCCCCCCUCCCGGGAGCGGCGUUGCCCCCCCGGCCGCCGGCUUGCAAGCGGGGCCCGGCGGCGCCGCCAGCGCGAACCCGACACCGCGGCGGCGGCGGCGGCGGUUUCAGGCGAUGCCGCCGGCCCUGCCUGCCACCAUCAACAUCCGGGAGCCCCGCUGGGACCAGAGCACCUUCCAGGGCCGCGCCAAGCACUUCUUCACGGUGACGGACCCCCGAAACCUGCUGCUCUCCGGGGCGGCGCUGGAGGAGGCCCGCCGUGUGGUGGAGGACUACAGGGCGGGCAUGGUGCCCCCGGGGCUGACGGAGGACCAGCUCUGGCGGGCCAAGUACAUCUACGACUCGGCUUUCCACCCCGACACGGGAGAGAAGAUGCUCCUCAUCGGGCGCAUGUCGGCCCAGGUGCCCAUGAACAUGACCAUCACCGGGUGCAUGCUGACCUUCUACAGGACCACGCCGGCGGUGCUCUUCUGGCAGUGGGUGAACCAGUCCUUCAACGCCAUCGUCAACUACACCAACCGCAGCGGGGAUGCGCCCAUCACCCCCAGUCAGCUGGGAACCGCCUACGUGAGCGCGACCACGGGGGCAGUUGUCACGGCAUUGGGGCUCAAAUCUCUCACCAAGCACUUGCCGGCCAUCAUCAGCCGCUACGUGCCCUUUGCAGCCGUGGCUGCCGCGAACUGCAUCAACAUCCCGCUGAUGAGGCAGAGGGAGCUGAAGCUGGGGAUCCCCAUCACAGACGAGAACGGCAACCGCCUGGGCGAGUCCACGGCCGCGGCCCAGAAGGCCAUUUUCCAAGUGGUGGUGUCGCGCAUCGGCAUGGCAGCCCCGGCCAUGGCCAUCCCGCCGGUGAUCAUGAACGCCCUGGAGAAGCGAGCUUUCCUGAAGCGCUACCCGUACCUCAACGCACCCCUGCAGGUCGGCCUGGUGGGACUCUGCCUGGUGUUUGCAACACCGCUGUGCUGCGCGCUCUUCCCCCAGAAAAGCUCCAUGCACGUGAGCCGCCUGGAGCCCCAAGUCCGAGCUCGGAUCCGGGAGAAGGACCCCAGCGUGGAGGUCGUCUACUUCAACAAGGGGCUCUGAAGGAGGUCCCCGCGUGCCCACCGGCGGCCGAGAUGUGGGCCGCGGAGCUGCCGGGCCGGCAUGCCGCUGCACUCGGCCCCGGAGCAGCCCUCCAAGAACACCGCUGCUUCCCCUUGGCUCUCGUGUGUCCGUAGGUCCC